AUGGCGUUCCUCAUCCGCGCGCCGCUCACCUCCUUCGACGACUCCGGCGACGACGACGAGGGGUACGCAUCCUCGCUCUCCUCCGGCGCCGCGUCCCCGUCCCGCUCGCCAUCGACCUCGCCCCCCGUGGCCCAGCCUCGCCCGCGCCCCGUCCUCGGCGCGCCGCGGGUGGCCGCGCAGCUCUCCUCCUCCACGGACGACGACGCCGACCUGUUCGACGACGCCGCCGGCUCGUCCGGGGACGAGGUGCUCGAGGAGGUCUCCAACGGCUUCUUCCGCAUCGCCCGGGUGCCCCCGCCGCCGCCCUCCCCCUCCUCCGACGAGGCCACGGCCCCCUCGCCCCCCGCUUCCGCGGCCGGGGGCGGCUCUUCCGCGUCCUCCGGGGAGAGCGAGUACUUCGGCGCGGCGGAGGGGGCCGAGGAGGAGGAGGCCGCCGCCGACGUGUUCGUCGACGCCGGAGCGGGGAGCGGGCUGGAGGAGGAUGGCGGCGUCUUUGCGGCCUCCGCGGGCGCGGUCGCCGAGGGCUCGCUGGAUGGGAGCUUCGUCAGCUCCAUGAGCGUGCUGGACGACGGCGCUGCGUUCAGUGAUUUGGUAAAUCUCUCGGAUAUCUCCUUGGUGAAUGGUGGUAAACAGGGAGCUGAGGAUUCUGGUGCUCAGGCUGUCAACAUUGUGGAGCUUGAGCCUUCCAUUGGUGACGCUGGUGGCACCCGCAUUGUGGAUGCUUCAGAGGGGGAUGCUGGGGGGUCUCGGCAGGAGCAAGUUGUCGUGGAAUUGCCUCCUGCGGUGAAUUCUUCUCAAGAAGAAGAAGAUGCUGGUCUUGACCUUCUCAAUGAUGACUCUGAUGCAAAAGAUACCACACCCAAGCAUGAGGUUGCUGAAUUGCCUCAUGUGGUCAGUUCUACAGAAGCAGAAGGUAUUGGCCCUGAAGUUCACAAUGCUGAUUCUGAUGCGAAAGAUACCACGCCCAAGCAUGAGGUUGUCACACAUUCUGAAGAUGCCAGCCCUGAACAUGUUGCCACAAGAGAUGCCACCGUUGAGCCUGCGGAAGUUCAUACCAAUGUUGAUAGCUCACAGUUUACUGUUGAAGGUGGCCAUCACAAGGUGGAUGGUGAAACUGAUGGCGAUUAUGAACUUUCUGAUGAACCUGCGUCUGCACCAAUCGUUGGGACAAACAAUGCUUUGGAAUCUCCUGGAAAAGAAAUGGAGGACAGUGUGCCUGCCUCCAAGGGCACACACUUUGGUCUGGAUGAUUCAGAUGAGGAUCAGCUGGAUGGUGAUUAUGAAGUUGAGGAGUUGAGUGGAAAGGAGACUGAGCUUUUUGAUUAUGCAGCUUUAGCUGAGCUUCUCAGGGCGGCAAACAGAUCACCUGCACAGGGCAAGGCCAAGGUGUUUCCAGUUGAAACCUCUGAUUCCAUCCGACCGUCCCAUACCGUGGUCGGUGUCCCUAGGACAAGUGUGGCUUCUACUCAUGCGGUGGAUGCAAUUGCUGACCCGGAGAGCACGAUGACUGAUGAGGAGAAGAAGUUGUACAUAAAGGUGGACAUGGCACGAAUCAAGUAUUUGCGUCUUGUGUAUAGAUUAGGGUAUGACACCGAACAUCAGGUACCUGUACAGGUGUUAUAUCGGCUCAGUCUCGUCGAAGGCUUCAGGCGCAUAAGGAUGGCAAACCAUUCCUCCGAGCUUGAGAAUGCCUGGAGCAGGGCUUUGCAGCUUGAGGCAGAGGGAAUAGAUGACUUGGAAUUCUCCUGCAAUGUAUUGGUCCUUGGGAAGACAGGGGUGGGAAAGAGUGCAACAAUAAACUCCAUCUUUGGCGAGGAUAAAUCCAAAACAAAUGCUUUUCUCCCAGCAACAUGUUCCGUGAAGGAGAUUACUGGAGUUGUUGGUGGUGUUAAAUUUCGUGUCAUUGACACUCCAGGACUUGGGACUACAGUUAGGGAUGAAAAAUCAAACAGGAAAAUGCUCAAGUCUGUUAAGAAGUAUAUCAAGAAAUGCCCCCCUGACAUUGUUUUGUAUGUUGAUCGGAUCGAUACCCAACGGCAGGGUGCUGACGACCUGUCCCUAUUGCAAUGUAUUACCAGUGUCCUAGGCCUGCCAAUAUGGUCCAAGGCCAUUAUCACUCUUACUCACUCAGCAGCAGAUCCUCCUCCUGAAGGACCUAGUGGCUCCCCAAUUAACUUUGAGAUGAUUGUGACCCAUCGGACUCAUGCGCUUCAGCAAAGCAUCAGACAGACCACUAAUGAUGCUCGGAUUGAGAAUCCAGUCGCUCUUGUGGAAAAUCAUCACCUUUGUCGGAGGAACAUGGAGGGUGAAAAGGUGCUUCCUAAUGGCCUUAUCUGGAAGCGUCUGCUCCUCCUCCUGUGCUACUCACUGAAGAUGGUUGCUGAGAUUGAUACUCUUUCAACCCGCCGUGCUGCUCCUCCAAGCCUCUUUGAUCUCCGUCGCCAGAUGCCUCCACUUCCUUACUUCUUAUCAUCUUUGUUGCAAUCUAGAGAGCACCCCAGGCGUGCAAAUGAACAGAAGGUUGAGAGUGUGGACUCAGAUGUUGAUCCUGAUGAAUUGUUGGAUGACGAUCAAGAGGAUGAAGAGUAUGACCAACUUCCUCCCUUUAAGCCAUUAAGUAAAUCACAGGUUGCAAAACUCUCCAAAGAGCAGCAGAAACUGUAUUUCGAUGAGUAUGACUACCGAACCAAGCUUCUUCAGAAGAAGCAGUUGAAGGAACAGCGCAGAAGAUUAAAGGAAAUGAAGAAGAGUGAGGGCAAUGAUCAUGAUGUACUUGUGGGCAAUGAUCAUCCUGAUGACGAGUAUGACAACGAGAGAUCUCUUAUGCCAGACUGGGCCUUGCCAUCUUCAUUUGAUUCUGAUGACCCGGUAUUUCGCUAUCGGUGUCUUGAGCCUGCAACGAACCUUCUGGCACGUGCUGUUACCAACCCUGAAGGAUGGGAUCAUGACUGUGGGUUUGACGGUGUGAGCCUCCAAUACAGCCAUGAAGUUGCCAAAACAUUUCCAGCUUCUAUGUGGGUUCAAGUUAACAAGGACAAGAGGGAAUUCACCAUUCAUUCGGAGUCCUCGAUAUCAGCUAAGCAUAGCGAGUAUGCUUCAACCCUUGCAGGCUUCGACAUACAAACCAUGAUGGACCAGCUUGCUUACACACUCAGGGGGGAAACCAAGUUCAGGAACGCCAAGAACAAUGCCACUACUGGAGGUCUGUCCAUGACUUUAGCAGGAAACACCAUGAUAACUGGAGCAAAGCUUGAAGACAAACUUUCAGUUGGUAAUUGGUUAACACUGGUAGCAAACGCUGGUGCUGUGUCUGUGAAAGGUGAUACUGCGCAUGGACUGAACGUGGUGCUGAACCUGCUUCAAAAAGACUAUCCCAUUAUGGGCCUAGGCCUUGCAACUUUGGGUGCAUCACUGGUAAGGUGGCAUAAAGAAUGGACUACGGCUGCAAACUUGGAUACCCAGUUCUCCGUGGGAAGGACUUCAAACAUGGCAGUUCAUGUUGAUGUGAACAACAAGCUAACUGGACGAGUGAGCAUCAAGGCCAACAGUUCAGAGCAUCUGACGAUUGCUCUAUUAGGUGUCUAUUCGAUGGCAAUGUAUAUGUGGAACAGGAUGCAUCCUCGUGCAGAUCCGAAUAAUGAGUAG